AUGGUAGAGGCCAGGACCUUCACGAUCUUCACGGACCACAAACCGAUCACGUUCGCAUUCCGGCAGAAGUUGGAAAAGGCUUCACCCAGACAGGCACGGCACCUGGAUUUCAUCGGGCAGUUCUCCACCGACAUCCAACACGUGUCCGGCAAGGACAACGUCGUCGCGGACGCACUGUCCCGCAUCGACGCAGUUUCAUCACCUCUGGACUACACCGCCUUGGCGUCAUCACAGCAGGCCGAUGACACAAUGAAAACAUACCUACGCUCAGGAUCAGGCUUGCAACUCAAGCAAAUCCAGAUCCCAGGAGCAGGCGUAGCUGUCUUCUGCGACACGUCAUCACUAUCACCAAGACCAUACCUGACACCUCCAUACCGCCGAGCAGCCUUCAACAUCAUCCACAACCUGGCUCACCCCGGAAUCAACGCCUCGGUCAAACUCGUGACUCAACGUUACGUUUGGCCGUCCGUGAAAGCAGACUGCCGCGAGUGGGCUCGCGCCUUCAUCCAGUGCCAGCAGGCCAAAAUCACCAGGCAUGUCUCGGCGCCAGUGGGAGAAUUCGCCCCACCAUCUUCGAGGUUCGAGCACGUGCACAUGGACCUGAUCAUCCUGUCCAUCUCCGAGGGCUACCGAUACUGCCUCACGUGCGUCGACAGAGUCUCCAGGUGGCCGGAGGCAUUUCCUCUGGAGGACCAGGAGGCAACGACGGUUGCCAGAGCCUUCUACGAGGGGUGGAUUUGUCGCUUCGGAGUUCCCCUCCGCAUUACCACAGACCAAGGUCGGCAAUUCGAGUCGUACCUGUUCAAGCACCUCAAUUACUUGGCAGGCACGACUCACCUGAGGACAACUGCCUAUCACCCAGCAGCUAACGGCAUGGUUGAGCGGUUUCAUCGCCAACUCAAGGCAGCUAUCAAGUGCCAUGAGAACCCCACGUGGACGGAGGUACUCCCUACGGUGCUCUUGGGGAUCAGAGCGGCCUGGAAGGAAGACCUCCAAGCAUCAGCAGCCGAACUGGCGUACGGCGAACCAUUACGCCUACCUGGAGAGUUCCUGGCCCCCGAGUUGUCAGUCACCAAGACGACCCAGCGGACUACGUCAAGGAACUUCGCCAGCACUUUGCCAACCUGCGCCCGGCUAAGGUCAACAGACACGGAACACAUAAAACCUUUGUGUGAUGCCGUAUCAAGGUCCAUACAGGGUCAUCCGCCGCAGCGCCAAGACGUUCACCAUCCACAUCAGGGGCAAGGACGUGAACGUCUCCAUUGACAGGCUGAAACCGGCUUACAUCAUCGCUGAUGAUGAGUCAGGUGUUCAGCACUCCAAGACGAGCACACCAGCACCCGAGCCUGAGCAACCACAGCGGGUUGAGCCACCACCACCACCAGCGACCGCACCGACAACGCGCUCAGGAAGACUCGUCAAAUUUACAGAGCGCUAUCAGGACGGAUUCGCGUAAAUCCUCAUAAUAAAUUGUCAUCCACACCACACACAUCCUCAUCGUGAUCCAAAUCACUGGCAGGGGGGUACUGUGGUGACCCUGUCGCCACUACACCCUGGCAUUCCCGGGUAAAUUCCCCAAUCCUGUCUAGACCUUCCAAAACCCAUUAGACCUAGCACCUACCCGACCGACGCCAUCCCUACCAUAAAAACCUGGGGAAUAACCCAGAACUGUCCCAGCGAAGAACCCAACCUUCCUGUGCACUUAGCCGGCAUCACGACGUCACGUGUCGAGAAUACGAUGCCGAGCCAAUCACAGUCGAGAUCCCUAGUACCCCCUCUCCUGUUUCCCAAACAUUCGCAUGCCCACACUUUCCGCACAUUUUUCCACACUCAAUAGUCAUUUCCCAACCUACCUCGGAUACACUUGCUCCCCGAUCUACCUUGGACACAUUCAACGCUCACACUUGUAGAAUUAAUAAAUAAACUCUCGUUAAUACAUCGACCUGGUGUUACCUUCCACUUGCUCACCCCCACAAAUAUAAUUAACUAAAUAUAAAAAUAUAGUAAUUACAUUUAUGGAGACUUGAAAAAUACGAUCUACUUACUGAUGACUUGGUAGUAUGUCUUCGUGUAGUUUCACUUUCUUUGCACAAGGUUGAUCACUUUGUUCUUCUGAGUUAUCACUAUCACACAUAUUUUAUUGUCAAAAAUUAAAAUGAAAAAUUAAAUAAAACGCAGGUUAUGUGUACCGUAGUAAACAACAACGUCGAACUGAGUGAGACGCCACACCGUACACUC